AUGAAAGCUCUUGUCAGCGCAUUUUCUGAUCAAUACUUGCGCAAAGUAUGGCUUGCGAUGACGCGACAAGGUUUGGGCGCAUCCCUGUGGCGACGUCCUCGGCGGGCUGAUCUUGUCGUAUUGUUAGGCGACUUGACAGACCGCGGUCGCUGGUAUGAUUCCUAUACUGAUUGGAACCAGCUCCAGCUUCGAUGGAUGUCCCUGUUCCGAAACUUGCGCGUGAUGCGAUACUCGCUGCAUUCUCCACUGCGUCCUGACGUGCAUGAUGGGUCCUGGCCGGCACUAAUAGUACCAGGGAACCACGAUAUCGGCAUACCUGCAUACGAGACUGGAAAGCCAUCUACUUUGAAUGAACUGGCUGCAGGGUGGUUCCAGCAUGACUAUGCGCCCUUGGUAGAUGAUGAUGAUUAUGUCCUCAAAACGAAUGGCACAGCCUCAUGGAAUGCUCGGAUUCCUAUCUCUGUGAACCAUCGGUCUACAACGCAUGAACUUGUGCUACUGAAUGCCAUGGAUUUGGUUACUAUGCAGCCGCUUGGACAUGGGCCGAUCGAAAACUGGGAUUCAGCCAAGGAGCGAGCGCUUACUACGACAAAAAUGAUUGAUUUGCUUGGAAGUGUACGGCCUCCAGCGGGACAAGAUGUGCCUCGCAUUCUAUUCUCGCAUGUUCCGUUCGAGCGGCGUGCCAACGAGCAUUUGUGCGAUGUUCCCUCGCGAUCGGCUGUCCAUGGCGUGCGUCGUGAAUCGCAGCGCGCACGCGUGCCAGGCGGUGACAUUCUUCAAGGCGGUGAUCUGGAACGAACGUACCAGAACCUUGUUCACAUAAACGUAUCGGACUAUGUGUUGGACACUAUUCAACCAGCUGUCAUUUUUUCCGGUGAUGACCACGAUCAUUGUGAAGCGAUUCACAGAGGCUAUCGAAAGAAUGCAAGCGGCACUGUAGUAACCGGCUUCCAAGCUACCGACAUACCUGAGCUGACAGUCAAGUCCAUGUCCAUGGUUGAGGGAGUCAAGCGCCCAGGUUAUGCAUGGCUUCAACUCCAGAUGAACGGAGAUGUACCAUCUGUCGAUUAUACCCCGUGUCUCUUGCCUAACCAGAUUGCCCUUUGGCUGCAAGUGUACUUGCCACUUUUUGUCCUGACACUUGCGUUUGUACUUUUUGCGCCUGCUUUCAUCCGUUCGAAUCAGUCUUUGCUUCCCAUACAUCAGAACCAGCUGCCCACAAAACGCCGCAACCUGAACUUGUUCGUGCGCACAAGCAGCAUGGGCGCUUUUUUGCGCCGCCUUGGCCGAGACAUUGGGCACAUUGCUAUAUUUCCCUUGCUACUUUGGCUCUUCCUGCAAAGAUGA